CCAGUUGACAAGUAGUGGCGCGGGAGGCGCGUAGCGCUAGGUUGUGUGUAAAAAAUAGUUUUUAACAAAAAAGUAUUUAUAUAAUAAAUAUUUCUAACGCGCGUUCAAGUCGAUAAAUUGUUUCAAUUUUGUGUAUUUUGUAUGAUGGAACUGUUGAAAGGUCGAGCUCCGUGAAUCAAGAUGGCUGCGGUCGUGUCGCUCCGAGACUUCAAACAUCCUUAUAUAAUUGCUCUUGUCCGCUGGUGCGUAUCUUCCUUCUGGUCUUCGGCAACUCUUCUGCUGCACCGCCUCAUCACGACACCAGCACCAACAGCUCCUAAGCCCAAGCCGCGUCCAGCGAACUACGACCACCUGCAUCCUGAACCGCUGGUGGAUUGCUCAGUGCUGUAUUCACCAGAUCAGCCAGAAGUUGACGUCAUCUUCGUCCACGGACUGUACGGAUCCCUAGCAAAUACAUGGAGACAAGGCGAAUGGAGGUCCAGGUAUCAAAAGGAUAUUAGGAUAGUGCCAUUGAGGCGGCCGCAUUCGACGCCAACAUGCACAUGCACAGACGAACGGACGACGUGCGGCGAAAAUGCAAAAGAAACAGGACUAAAUGAAACGAAGUCAAACGAGACGAGCUUAAAUGAAACAGGAAUAAAUGAAGGCGGAACGAAUGAAAUAAUUGAAGAAGAUGCCGCUGGUGUGAAGAAUAUAACGAAAGACGAUUUAUUUAUAACCGAAAAGUUCUACACCAACCAUCAAAUAGAAACCAUGAAUUACGAUACCCAGGCUCAGUUCGUUAGAGACUUAUUUGAUAUGGCGAACGAAGUGAAGCCGGGGGACUGUAAAUGUGAAACGAAGUGUGAAGCCGGCUGCGGCUGUCUGUGUGAUAAGUGCUACUCGCCGUGCUGGCCGCGGGACUGGUUGCAGGUGGACUAUCCGGGGGCUAGAGUGAUCUCUAUAAACUAUACGAGCGAUCCGUACCUGUGGCGACCUCUGUGGAUUAAGCCAAGUCAAAGGCUUCGUCUCCACGAGCGAGCUGAUCAAAUGAUAACCCAGCUGCUGGCGCUGGGCGUUGGAAGGAGACCCAUCAUAUGGGUUGGACAUUCGAAGGGCGGACUAUUUAUAAAACAUAUUUAUUGUGAAGCGUACGACGCGUUUACGAAGCAAAUGAGAGGCGGAGAAACAGAAUCAAAUAAACAAAAUACGAACGAAUGUAACAACGACAAUAGAAUUAAUCAUUGUAUAGACAAACACACAGACAACGAAACUGGCUGUGAUCUAUUAGAUGAAACAAAUGAAAAUGAUGCAAAUGAAAUAAAAAGAAAUGAAGUUACAUGUAAUUUAGAUAACAUAUACAAUGACGCUGUGGACUGCGGAGGCUUUAAAGGGGAACGAAUGAAUGAGGAAAUCCUUCGCCCAGAUCUUAGUGACCUGCCGUCCAUCUACCAGCAGUCAGCUGGGUUUAUGUUCUACUCCGUGCCUCACCGCGGCUCGCCGCUGGCGGACAUAAAGACGCCGGUCACAGCUCGCAGUGUGGAACUCCUGGAAAUAUGUAAAGACUGUGACCUCGUGAUGCAGCUGCACGAGCGCUGGCGUGUGGCUUCGUCCUCGCUGCCUCCCGUCCGCAGCCUGGUGGAGACGGACCGGACGCUCAUGUCCCUGCUGUAUUUGAGGAUCGUCAGUGUUGACAGCGCAGACCCAGGUGUAGGUGCCCUCCACGGCGUGUCCGUGGACCACAGGGAGAUCUGCAAGCCGACCAGCCGGCGCUGCAUCCUCUACCAGGAACUCAUGACGCUCAUGAGCACAGCCCUCCAGAAGUACGCGGAUCACGGACGUCUGGUGACGUCACAGCAGCCGCCGCCAUCUCAAUCGAACCAUCAGCAGCUCGGACUGUAGAAAAACUAUGACAACUGCUCUAUUGUGACAUUGACAUUGACAGCUGUCACAUCUAUCUGACUGACAUUGACAGUGACGUCUCAUAAUGACAUCCAGUCCCCUCUAACACAUCGUCUGUGUUGUAAAUGGUAUCUUUCAUAUUCAUAUUUUUUUUUAUUUGUUUUUCCAUAUAAAUAUAAUAUCCUUGUAUUAAUUCAUUUUAUCACAUAACUGGAUGUAAUCUUAAUAAAAUAUUAGCAACUUAUAUAUAUAAGUAUUUAAAAAAUCUUGCAAAUAAAUAGUAUUUUAAUAAACAUAUUAAUUUACAAUUUGAUUAAAAGUCUUAGUGGGCUGGAGGUUAAAGGCCCGCCUCUCACACGUGAGGGCGCGGGUUCGAAACCUGACAAGUACCAAUGUGAUCUUCAUCGAGUCAUAUGUACUUUCUAAGAGUAUUUAGACGCCACUGACGGACAGUGAAGGAAAAUAUGAGGAAACCUGGAUUUGUAAUAAAAAUUAUAAAAUUGAAAUCGCCAAUCCGUCUCGAGCGAGCGUGGUGAUUAAUGCUCUAACCUUCUCCAUGUGAGAAGACGCCUCUCAGCGGCGGGCUCCGACAGGCUGAUGAUGAUGAUGAGUAUUAAAACACGUACUAUACAUAUAACUUUCUAUGAACAACUAUCUGUAAUCUGCUUCUUGAAUAAAAAUACCUUAAACUAUGAACAUAAACCUUAUUUUCAAAUUAGUUUAUAUUAACUUAAUUGACAGUUAUAUAUUCCAUGUUCGCAUUUAAGACAGUGCAGGGUCUCGUGAAUGUUAGCAAACUAUAUAAUCUGUGUAAAUACAAUUAAAAUAUAAAUAUUUUUCAUAUAA